AGUAACACCUCAGGACGAUGAGUCGCUUGCAAGGUUAGUUCCUCUACCCAUUUUAAACUUCGUUCUCUUUUCGUUUUUGAUCGCCUUGUUGUUUUUUCGUCGACACGCCGCUUCACUUCUCCCAAGGGAAGAGAAACUGACUUGUAGACGAGAAUGGCGUUUUAAUGGAAAAAAUGACAACACGUAGCCAUGCAAACACUAGCCUGCGUGGCAGGCGUUAAAAGGGGAAGGGGAAGGGGGAAUUUGGGCGCGCGAGAGCGUGUGGGGCGGAGAGUGUGUGGUUCCCCUCCUCCCUCCUCCCUCGUGCGCGGUCUCGCGCCCUAAUUUCCUUCCCCUUCCCUUUCGAACGCCUGCCACGCAGGCUAUGCAAACACAUAAAUUGUUGCAGCCUCCCACACUUAAUACAAUAUCAGAUCACCAGGGCACUUGGCACUAAUUUCACAUGUGAGGAACUUAAUGAAAGCUAUUCAGUGGCGCAUUAACGUUCGCGUGCCUUUCACUUUCGCGUCUUCCCCACUAUCUAUAACGUGAGGUUAAUUAGUCUAAAGUGGAUUUCGAAGUUUGACGUUUGCCUGGGGUCUUGCCUAAGCUGACAAUUGAGAUCGUGAUCAGUCAUGCCAGGGGUGUCAUGCAGCAGAGUAUAAACUGAUAAGACAGCAGCAACAACGGGUGCUUUUUCUUCUUCAGAGGGUAAACGUCUGCGACAACUAAAGGCAAUAAGAAAACAGAGAUUUGACUUCAGUUAUCUUCCCGAUGAACCAGUGGAGAAAGGCUGGUCUUUUAGCCAAAGCUUGUUUAACAAUGAAGUAAGCGUGAAGAUCCGAAAUGCCGCCAAAGAGACCAAGUUUAUUCAAGGGAUGGCCACGGGAACUCUUGACCCUGAUGACUAUGGAGGCUACAUGGUGCAAGAUGCUGCUUACUGCUUUAAUGCAGUGGAAGCGUUCGACCACGCUGCCAAAGAGAUUCAGCUGCUCGGGAAGCCAGAAUUUUCAUUACUUUACCGUGUCCAGUCUGAGAGCUACAAGCAAUACAAUCAAGAGUUUGUGAAGACCUGGCGACUCAAGAAUACUGACAGCGUAGUCAUGGGUCCUGCAGCUGAUAUGUACGUGGGUUACGAGGCUGCUCUGAGCCGCCAGCGUCCCAAGUUCCUAGCCAUAGCUAUGUUGCCAUGCACAAUGCUUUGGCCAUGGAUUGCCAGUGAGACCAUCUGUUCUGUAAGCGACACCAAUCCAUACUAUGGCUGGUUUGAGGAUAACAAGCCUGAUCCAGACCACAAAAGCCGCCUGGAGAAGUUUGUUGAUUUCUUUUUCAGUGCAGAGGAGAGGGAGGAGGCUCUAGUUGUUUUCCACGAGGGAAUGAUUAACGAGCUCAAUUUUUUCCGAGAUGCAUGUGAUGAAACUCUGUAUUACUACUCUUUUUUCAAUGUGUAAUUCUCAAUUACUGUAGCUCAGUCGGCUGUCCUUUUUAUGAAAUCAAACACGGCUGAAAUAAAGUUCUUUACCCACAUGUAUUCUUUUAAUCGUAAUUGAUCCGGG